GCGAAUCACAUAUGUAGGUCUCAAGUGCAUGUGAGGGUGCCAUAGACUGUGCCUGCUGGCGAACGGAUGACACUCAAUGGGCCCAACUUACUGGUCCCUGCGGCCUCACGGCCUGAUGUCAGCUUCGAGGCUGUUGAUGACCCUCCGAUCGAGAUCAUCAUCAAAGCCAUCUCCGAGAGAUCCCAAAACCCGCCUUGUGAGGCCCCUGAGGCCCCUGAGGCCCCUGAGGCUUCACCAGACAAGCCAGUGGAAGCAACGAAAGUGGAGGUGAAGCCAAGCCCCAACAGAGAAUCGAAGAUCAAGAGGAAAGCCACGGGCUUUGUGAAGGAUCCACCAGAUGAUGAUGAAGGAAGACGAGGUUGUUGUGUUCUGAUGUGAGAGGCAAAUACUCGAUUGAGCACCAACUGCACAGCCUAGCCAGUCGAGGAAGUGAACAAAUCCCUGGGUCACAUAGGUUCAU